GCUUUCUUUGUGUCUUUUCUUGCUGCGAGAGUUAUCUCUCAAUUUUCUAUUCUAUGCAGUUUUUACCUUUGUGGGAUUCUUUGACCCACUUCUUUCUUUCUUCCAAGACUUUUUUUUUCUGAACCCAAGGUACCCUUUUUCUUUUCCCAUUCUCGUUCUGUGGAAGAUUCUACCAAGUGGGUUUUUACCUUCCCUUCUAUUCUCUUUCUGCGUGUCACGGUCUUUGUCUUUUUAUCUGUAUUGAUGGGUUGUUGAUGUCUCUUGCCAUUGGAGUGGUUUUGAAUUCUGAAGCAUGGGUUUGGAUGACAAAGUCAAAGACAAUGAGAGUGCAGAGGAUGAUACCUCAAGCGUGCACGUGGGAAAAACUGCCACUGAUGAAGAAAGUGGUGAUGAAGGGAGAGGGAACCUUAGCAGACACAGGAGUGAGAGUUCCAUGGCUGCCACCGAAGAUGAAGAUGAUGAGGAGGAGAGGAAGAUUGAAUUGGGUCCUCAGUGCACGUUAAAGGAGCAACUCGAGAAGGAUAAGGAUGAUGAGAGCUUGAGGAGGUGGAAGGAGCAACUUCUUGGAAGUGUUGACAUAAAUUCUGUUGGAGAAACUCUGGAGCCAGAUGUGAAGAUCCUUAGCCUUGCAAUAAAGGCUGCUGAUAGACCUGACAUUGUCCUUCCAAUACCAGAGGGAGGAAAUCCCAAGGGUUUGUGGUUUACCUUGAAAGAAGGUAGCCGUUACAGGCUGAUGUUCGCUUUCCAAGUGGAAAAUAACAUCGUUUCAGGUCUCAAAUACUCCAACACUGUGUGGAAAACUGGUAUCAAAGUUGAUAGCACUAAAGAAAUGAUUGGAACCUUCAGCCCCCAAGCAGAGCCUUACACACAUGAGAUGCCUGAAGAGACAACACCAUCUGGGAUGUUUGCUAGAGGGACAUAUUCCGCAAAAAGUAAGUUUGUUGAUGAUGACAACAAGUGCUACUUAGAGAUCAACUACACUUUUGAUAUCCGAAAGGACUGGCAGUAGGAGUCAACAAAUUUCUCCUUCAGUGAUAUGUUCAAUCCCAAAUCGUUGUUAUUUGUGCUGAAAUCUCUUUCAGUGUUUACUUGCUUCUUUUUUAUUGUUUAUUUAUUUCUAAUCCUGUCUGAGACUGGUAAUUUUAACAAUGAUGAGAGGAUUUAGAGGAUGAAAUUGGUAUUCAUUUGAUAGAUAGUUUUGUCAAUAAAAUUGAGUUUU